AAAUCUUUUCCCUCUCCUCAAUUAUUAUUCUUCUUCUUUUCCUCUCAUUCUCAUACUUAUCCAACCAACAAAAUAUAAUUCUUUCACUACAAAAACAUUACAUUAAUUCAUUAUUCCUAGCUUCUUGUGUUGGUGAUCCAAGCAGUCUAACAAGCCCCUGAAUCUCCAUUUGUGUCUGAAUAUGGCAAGGAAGCUCAUGCACGCAGUUCAGUAUGACUCUUAUGGAGGAGGAACUGCUGGUUUGAAGCACGUUGAAGUUCCUGUUCCUGCUCCAAAAAAGAAAGAGGUUUUGAUAAAAAUAGAAGCAGCAAGCUUAAAUCCAAUCGAUUGGAAAAUUCAGAAAGGCAUGCUGCGUCCUCUUUAUCCAUGGAAAUUUCCUCAUGUACCUGGUACUGAUGUAGCAGGAGAAGUAGUUGAGGUUGGAUCUGGAGUAGAGAAUUUUAAAGCCGGUGACAAAGUUGUAGCCUUGCUUAGCGAUUGUACUGGAGGUGGACUAGCUGAGUUUGCAGUAGCUAAGGAGAGUCUGACAGUUCCGAGGCCACAGGAGGUAUCAGCAGCUGAAGGUGCAGGCCUACCCCUUGCAGCCCUUACAGCUCACCAUGUCCUAACCCAAUGCCUAGGGCUUAAGCUUGAUGGAAUGGGCCCGCGAAAAAAUGUCCUAGUCACGGCUGCCUCUGGCGGUGUGGGUCACUAUGCAGUUCAACUAGCAAAGCUUGGAAACACUCACGUGACGGCUACUUGUGGGGCCCGCAACAUGGAUUUCGUGAAGAGCUUAGGGGCAGACGAGGUUCUUGACUAUAAAACGCCCGAUGGGGCGGCCCUGAGGAGUCCAUCUGGACAGAAAUAUGAUGUUGUCAUUCAUGGUGCCUCAGGCAUUUCUUGGUCUACUUUUGAGCCAAAUUUGAAUGCAAAGGGGAAGGUAAUAGUUUUGAUUCCUAGUGCUAGUGCCAUGAAGACUUUUGCCUUGAAGAAACUCACAUUCUCUAAGAAGCAAAUGGAGCCAUUGCUUGUAGUUCCAAAAAAAGGUGAGAACCUUGACUAUCUUGUUAAGUUGGUGAAGGAAGGGAAGAUUAAGACGGCGAUCGACUCACAAUAUCCUCUGAAUAAGGCUGAAGAUGCCUGGGCCAAGAGCAUUGAUGGUCAUGCUACUGGGAAGAUCCUCGUGCAGCCUUAAAAUUGAAUGUCGUGAAAAAGUGAUAGGAAAAAAGUUCCUGGAAAAAAGUUGUGUCCCAUAUCAUAUCGUGAACUUAAUUAUUCGGCUAUUGUUUAUUUGUUUAAAAGAAGAGGGCGUGUAUGUGAACCAUGGUAUGCAGAUAGAUACUGCAUUAAGGUAUUUGAUGAUGUGUGGCUCUGCAUUGUGUGCUUCAUAUUGUUUUCACUUGAUGUUUGUAAAUGUAGUUUUUUAAUGUCUUGCUCAUCUUGUAGGUUUGAUCAUAAUUGUAGUCAGCUGCAGUUUUCUGUACAUGUAAAUUGUUGAUGUGCGUGAUUUAUUUAUUUAUUUAUUUGU